GUAAUAUCGGUUUGUGGUUGCCCGCGAUACUCGUUCCUUCGUGCAGUUAAGGUCUAUUAGAGGUCUCUUUACAAGCUGAGAGUUUGAAUGGCUUACGACAUGCCCUACUCCAACCGAGAAAGUGGACGAGAUUAUCGCAAUGGUUCUCGACACGUUGAGCAUCCAUAUGAAAAUUCAGGCUCAAGAAAACGCUACCGAGAUGCUCCACAAACAUCCUUCGAAAAUGAUGUAAAAGAUCGAGAACGAAUUCCCCGAAGUAAAGAUAAUCCAGUGAAAUAUCGCUCGGAUUCACGGUACGACCGUUAUGCAGACGCUAGCCCUGUCGCCAGAAAGCGUAGUAAAAUGGAUGUUCGAGGUGAUGCAUCUCCUCCCAAGCCAUCUCGCAUUCUUGGUGCCUUCGGAUUGUCUAUGCGUACUGAAGAAAGAGAUUUAUACGAUGCCAUGAAAAAAUAUGGUGAUAUUGAAGAGGUCAAGAUUGUUCAGGAUAAUAUAUCAGGUCGUUCACGUGGCUUUGCAUUUAUAUAUUUUCGAUCGAUGGAAAGCGCCCGGGCUGCACGUGCUGCGUGUGCUAGAGGCUUGGAGCUACAUGGUCGCAUUGUUCGAAUUGACUACAGUUUUACCAAAGGACCACACAAUCCCACUCCUGGAAUAUAUAUGGGCAAAGAGAAACGACUCAGUUAUGGUGGACCUGGACGCCGACCAAUGUUUGAUGAGCGUCGAAGAUCUCCUAUGUAUGAAACUCGAGUCCCUAGACCACGUUCUUCUCAACGAAUACCUCGACCUCCACCAAUGGAAAAACCCAGUCGUUAUGAUCAGUCACCGACAGCAGCAGAAGAGACAAGUCGAUCGCGUGACUCGUUAGCGUACAAUUCCAGCAGUCGAAGUCGUAAUCCAAGGAACGGUGAUAGUGUGCAUCAAAGUCAUUCACGUCCAUCUCGUCCUGUUGUCAUGCGUAAUUCGUAUAAUAUGCGACGUCAAGGAGGAAGAAAUGAAUUUCCGUCAAUAAAUAACAGCUUCUCAUCAAAUUAACAAUAAAAUAUUUAUUGCAUUUAAAAAUCCCUGAUAAUAAUAAUAAUUCCAUUGUUUCAUAAAAGAGAGAAAGGAUUCAUUGUAAUUAUCUAAAAUUGGCUGAAUAUCACACUACUGCUUUAAAUUGUUUGUGUGUGUGUGUGUGUUGAUUUUCUUCAGUUGGUUGGGGCAUGUAUAGAGUUAGUGUAAAAUCUUCAAUAUAUAUAUCAGAAGAAAGCAAGAAAUGCUGUGAUGAAAUUGUGUUGUAUACAUUUUAAGGGAUAUUUGGUACUGCUAAACAAAACUGUAAUAAUCUUGGAUGCAAAGCUGCCCUACUAUAUAUAUACGAAAGGAUCCUUAAUAUAAAACACAAUAUUGUGUUAAUGGGAAACUGGAGUCAAAAAAAUAGACUAAUUUAUCGCUAAAAAAUGUGAAAAUAUCUUGGUCAUUUUGUUAGAGUUUGUAUAUUAUGCGACUAACAACCAGUGAGUGAGUAAUUGGAAAAUACGCUACUGACUGACUUCUUGGCUAAAAUCAACUUUGAAGUUAUUCAAGAAGUAGAAUAUACUAAAUUUGCGGAUAAAAUAUAAUCAUUGAAAUAACAAUUGAAGUUUACUCAUAAGUGAUGGGGGAAGGGGAAGGGAGGAGUAACAAGACCACCUCAGGUUGUUGUAUUCUUGGUACUCAUCGUAGAAAUGUGUCAAUAAACUCCGGGAAGAGAUAUACUCAACACACAACAUUCAUCAACGUUACCAGUUGUGCAUGUUCCUGCUUGGAGUAAAGGUUCACGGACGCUGCUUCCUUCUAUAAUAUGCUACAAUGUGUUCGUGUAUAUCAAUCUACUUGGACGUUGUACUUCAGUUCCUGUGUGACUUCGAUAUGCUUUUCAAUCUGAUAAAUAUUUUGACUGUUAUUUUUGCUUUCAGGUGUUAGAGUUACAUGAAGUGAGUAGAAUUCACGUGUUCAUACUACUAUGACCCAUAAUUUAUUGAUUCCAGUUAUCCAUCAUGAUACUUGUACUUCGCUCUGUAGAAGACUGACUUGUAGGGUCUAUAUAGCAAUUUCAUGAUGUUUUGGCUUAUAUAACUUAGUGUCGAUUAUUAAGUAAGUAACUGUGGGAGAUUGUUGUUUCUAACGAAGUAACUACACUACAACUAUAACGAAGACAAAUCAUCCUACCCUGUGUCCAAACACCAAGGAUCUCACCAGGAAAAGCUUAGAAAUUGAUGCUUCGUGGAUUAUUGAGUCUCAUUUUUAACAGAUUGUCUAUAUGUCUCUAUCAUAUUUCGGGUUUAUUAGAUUUUUCAAGUUAUAUUCAACGGCAAAACGUGUCAUAUUAUCUAUUCUUUGUAAUUUCAAUUGACCAGUAACUUCAGUCUUAAGGAUCUGUAGGUGUUGUGCAUCGUCGGAAAGUUUCAAACUAGGAAGAGAUAGAGAGAUAAUUUGCCAGUCUUUAUUCAACAGUUUCCAACUGUCCACGUCCUUAUGAGCAAAUGCAUCAUGAGUUUCCAUUUUUGGCAUCGAUCUCGAUAUUACAGCUGAAUAUUCUACCCUAAGUGAAGUUGUUACGUGUCCUACCCCGGUUUAGGAUUGACUCAGCAAAAAGGAUACAACACCGUGUCACAAUUGAUCUUCUUAAUCCAAGCACUGAUUGUUUUUCUGUGAAGUUAGUUUUUUUCCUCAAUGACAUAUGUCAGUGCGGUCAAGGCAACGAAUUUUUAUUAAAUGCUUGUUCAUAUAAAAGCAAUCUUUGUUAACCCCCAAUGCGCCUAAGUGAAAGUGGGCAUAAUUCAAGAGGUACCAAUUCUUCAACAAAUCAAAAUAUAAAGAGCGCUGUACGCAAAAAUAUCUGAAAACAGUUCAACUCUCAAGAGAUUUCUUCCAGAACAAGGUGUAACUGAAGAAUUUAGACUUCGCAUUCCAGUCGUUCUCUCUUUUGGUGCAGAAAAAAUUUCUACUCCAGAGAUUAUACAGUUUAAUGCUAAUUGUAAGGUGUGCGUGGGUGGUGGGGGCGGGAGUUGAAAAGAACACUUCAUACGUGAUACUGUAUUUUAUUAGAGUGGAUAACUUAUAUAUCUUCUUUUGCUGAUUCCUGUGGUGUCUCGGCUAUUUUGUUUCUCUCUCCAAAUUUUGUAUUUUUGUCUUGUGUACGUCUAGUAGAUAGUUUCAUUUUUGAAAUCGUUCUCUCCCAUUUAAAAUUCAUAAUCCAAAAGGGAUUGUCAGCUGAUGACAAAUCAGUUUAAGUAACUAAAUGUAUUAUUCUAUUGAUCUCCUGACUAAAUUCAGUAUCCUUUAAAUCUGUUUCCCAUUGGUUCGACUGGACAUUUUUGCGUUAUGCUAUGAAAAAACAUUUUGCGAUAAGUAGUUAUAUUAUGACGUAUACUGAUUCCCCCUAAAGUACAUGUCAUUCUGUGAUAGAAUUCGGGAAGACUUAAAUAAAAGUGCGCAGCAAGUAGCUUGGAUUCUUGAAGUCAAGUUAAAAUGUGUUAUUUUCCUUGUACAAUAAUAUCUAUUCCAAAAUCGGAAGAAAGCUAGCUCAAAAAUUAAUCUCCCUUCAAGAAAUAGGAAGUAUAAGGUGCAUCUAUCGAAUUCGAGUUCACUCCAGUGAAAGAGAAUUGGAUCAACGCAUUGAACUUUUUUCUGUUUGAUAUCAAUUAGUUGAAUUUGCAAAAAGCCGCCGUUAAGAGACCGAAAAAAUGUUGUGUCGCAUCAAAAGGAGGCUGUUUCGUUAUUUAGCGUGGAGCAAAUGUCAAAUUGUUCUCUACACAGUUUGCAAAUAGAUGCUUUCCAGUUUUCUGUGAAGAUUUAUCACCAAGUUUGCAAUAAAAUUGUCACUCCGUCCAAAAAUAUAUUUUUGGAUACUUGAGAGAAUGAGUAUUUUGGGUUGAGUAGUAGAUGGGAUGUCACAUCGAUCCAUUUCAGUGCUCAAACCAGAAUAAUGUGAAAUCGAAACUGCUGCGAAAGAGGUGCUGUAUUUGAAAUUUUUCUCAAUGUGUUCUACAAUUCAAGAAAUGAAUGAUAUUGAUAUCUUUCAAAAUGCAAUCAUCAAGGUUUAUGUUUCCAAAUAGAUAGUUUCAAUUGAUUUUUCAGACAUUAUUCUGUGACUAGCAUGUAGUGAGUGUACCUGUUUCUGAGCUUGAUUAUGUAUUUGCAAAGCCUGCGUCGUCCUUCUAGACACAACUUCAGCGCCUGCUUCAAUAUGAGAUGAACUUAUUGUUCAGAAGACUUGUCUACACCUGACGUUUUACUUCGGUUAAAUUACAUGUCUGAAAAUUUGAAUACAAGAGAAGAAAAUAAACCGGUCGGAGAAAUUCCGGAUGUGUGUACUCAUGGAGUGCCCACUUCCCCCCACCCCGUCUUAUGCCACGAUGUAUGACAAAGCAAAUCAAUUUCUUUUAUUUUUAUGUAUAAUUAUAUAUGCGGAACUGCCAUCCUUUCAUAUAAGUCCUCUGCAGAUUUUUGAAACUUUCAACCAACUGGAGACAUUCAAUGCAUACUCUUCAAAAAGAAACGGCAAAUUUCAUAAAGUGACUAAAUUGUGAUUGCUCAAAUUAUAGAUUUUGUUGGAGCUGUCCACAGGCUGAUAUAUUUCAAAAUUUAAUUAAGAAUUAAAGGGUGAUAUAAUUUUAUUAUACAAUAUUCUCUACAGUUUGUUUGUUUUCAGUCUAACUUAACCGACUAAUUUAGAGUGAUUGUUUAACAAAUUUGAUUUUUUAAAUAUAUAUUUUUUCAUAUAUUGUCGGUCAGUAUUUUAUCAUUCUGUAGAGGGUUUUUUAAAAGAGAUUUUUUGGUAGUCACUGAUAUGUGUUUAAUUCAGGAAGACCGUGUGUAGUGUUUGUUAUCUGAAGUUUCCACUUUUUUUUAAAUUUCGUGUUUUUUAAUGAUUAAUACUCCGAGCUCUGAAAGCACCAGUACUAGAAAUAUCUACUAAGGGGGAGAAAUACCCACAACUGUUACUUUCCUUACUGGU